GUCCCGGUGUUUGUCCCAGUAAACGUCCCGGUAAAUGUCCCAGUACGUGUCCCGGUACGCCUUUUUCCUGUGGGCGAGGUCGACCAGCCUCCCAAAUUUGAGGUGUGGUCGUCACAGCCCAGCAAUUACUGUUGCAUCCGCUCCAGUUUCUUGCCCCGGCAAGUGUCCCGGUAUGUGUCCCGGCAAGUGUCCCGGUAUGUGUCCCGGCAAGUGCCCCGGCAUGUGUCCCGGCAAGUGCCCCGGCAUGUGUCCCGGCAAGUGCCCCGGCAAGUGUCCCAGUACAGUAUUGCCAUGAAUAAAUGCGGCGCAAUCCCACGUGUGAUUUUUGGGAGUGGUCACUAGGUGCUCUUUAUUAAAAAUCUAAAAGCAAUGAUGGCAAGAAGAAGUAGCAGGCGCCCUUCAACUUACAACGUUCAGUCUAUUCUUGAAAGAGUUAGUUUAGUGAUUAGUGAUGUUCUGGCAGCUGUCAGGGAUUCCUCUGUGGAGGAACAGUCACAUGGUUUACACUUGCGUUUGUCUGAAGCUCAAAGACAAAUUGAACCUCUGUCUGAGGUGAUUGGAUCACACAUACACCAAGAAAUUACAAGUUCUUUGUCUGAAAUGUUAUCUAUUCUAUCGAGGCUCAGAGACAGCAGAAACUACCCGUACAGAUCAAGUACUGUACGUGAAGGACAGAGGGGCAGGCCUUCAGUCGUCAUAUCUCGUCACCAGCUGGAAACUUUACUUGGGUUAAACUUCACUGUUCCCCAAAUGGCCGAGCUGUUAGGAGUAUCUGUUUCAACUUUGACAAGAAGAUUACGUAACUACGGACUAAGUGUAAGGCAGAUGUACUCGGACAUCACUGAUACACAGCUGAAUGAACUAGUGUCGAGGAUAAACCAUCAAUUUCCAAGUGCUGGGUACAGAAUCGGCUCAAGUUUGCUCCAAGGUAUGGGACACAGAGUCCCUGAACGACGAGUCAGGGAGUCUAUGCGACUUGUCGACCCAAUAUCAGUGGCGUACAGGCACAGUAGACGAGGUACUGUUGAUCGACGCAGGUACAAUGUACCAUAUCCUAAUGCUAUGUGGCAUGUGGAUGGAAACAUGAGUUUGAUACGCUGGGGGUUUGUAGUGCAUGGUGCAGUGGAUGGUUACAGUCGACUCAUUACCUACCUACAUUGCUCUACAAACAACUAUGCAGAAACUGUUUUCAGUCAAUUUAUAACAGCUGGAGAACGAUUUGGUUUCCCAUCAAGAACGAGAUCAGAUAUGGGUGGAGAGAAUGUAGAUUUAGCACACUUUAUGGUAUUGUUAAGAGGUGAAGGUCGUGGAAGUCAUCUUACUGGUCGAUCUAUUCACAACCAAAGAAUUGAACGCUUAUGGCGAGAUGUAUUUGCAGAUAGUUUGAGUUUGUUCUACCAUCUUUUCUAUUUUAUGGAAAGCAGAGGAAUACUAGACUGUGAAAACCCCGAACAUUUGAAUGCUUUACAUUAUGUGUAUACACCUCGUAUCAACGACAGCUUGCAAAUGUUUUCUUCUGCUUGGAAUAUUCAUCCUAUAAGAACAGAACGAAAUUUAACUCCAAUGCAAUUGUGGGUGACUGGAAUGAUGCAGAAUUUUGGCUCUAAUCAUUUACCAAUUCGUGAACUGUUGAGUCAUGAAUCUAAUGAGCUUAAUGACAGCACAGCAUCUGAAAGUGAAAGUGAGAGUGAAGACUAUUCACAUAAUUUGCAUUCCACUGUUGAUCCACUACAACAUAGUGAUGCCUGGGGUGUAGAUUUGUAUGUUGAUGCACUGUCCGUUCUGUCUAGCUAGUUGAUAAACAUUUUGAUGUUCAAGUCAAUAAUUAUGUUAGUAUAAUUAUGCUUAAUAUGUCAGUAUGCUUCUUUAAUCAUCA